GAUGGGCGCGUGGAGGUCAGCAAAGAGGGGAAGGUGAUCAGCCACAUGUCUCCCGGGAAAGUGUUCGGCGAGCUGGCUGUUCUUUAUAACUGCAAGAGAACGGCCACUAUAAAAGCCGCGACGGGAUGCAAGCUGUACGCCAUCGACCGGAAGUGCUUCCAGACGAUCAUGAUGCGCACGGGCCUCAUCAGGCAGGCCGAGUACACCAACUUCCUCAAGAGCGUGCCCACCUUCCAGUCCCUUCAGGAGGAGACACUCAUCAAGAUCGCCGACGUCUUGGAGGAGACCUUCUACACCAAUGGCGACUACAUCAUCCGCCAGGGCGCGCGCGGAGACACAUUCUUCAUCAUCAGCAAAGGCAGAGUACGCGUAACCAUGAAGCACCCUGGUGGUGCAGAGGAGAAGGUGAUUCGCUACUUGGAAAAGGGAGAGUUCUUUGGCGAGAAAGCCUUGCAAGGAGAGGAUAUCCGAACAGCCAACAUCAUUGCAGAUGACCCAGAUGGUGUGACAUGCUUGGUUAUUGACCGAGACUCCUUCAAUCAGCUCAUUGGAAAUCUGGAUGAGAUACAGCAACGCUAUGGAGCUGUUGAUCUCUCUAGGAGGAAUUUGUCUCCCACAUACAGGAUGAAUGAGGAGUUCACAAACAUCAACCUGUCAGACCUCCGUAAAAUUGCAACGUUGGGUGUUGGCGGUUUUGGACGAGUGGAACUCGUACAGAUUGCUGGUGAUUCCAGCCGUUCCUUUGCUCUGAAACAAAUGAAGAAGAGCCAGAUUGUAGAGACCCGACAACAGCAACACAUCAUGUCAGAGAAAGAGAUUAUGAUGGAAGCAAAUUGUGACUUCAUUGUCAAGCUCUUCAAGACAUUUAAGGAUCGCAAGUACCUUUACAUGCUGAUGGAGGCUUGUCUUGGAGGAGAACUUUGGACAAUCCUAAGAGACAGAGGUAACUUUGAUGACCAAACAACACGCUUCUACACAGCUUGUGUUGUGGAAGCCUUUGACUAUCUGCACUCACAGGGCAUCAUCUACCGUGACCUGAAGCCAGAGAACUUGCUUCUUGAUCUCAAAGGAUAUGUUAAACUAGUAGAUUUCGGCUUUGCAAAGAGGCUCCAGGUUGGAAGGAAAACAUGGACUUUCUGCGGCACCCCAGAGUAUGUAGCCCCAGAAGUCAUCUUAAACAAAGGUCAUGAUAUCUCAGCUGACUACUGGUCACUCGGGGUCCUUAUGUUUGAGCUUUUAACAGGUACACCCCCUUUCACAGGCCCAGACCCCAUGAAAACCUACAAUUCCAUUUUGAAAGGCAUUGACGCUGUAGAGUUCCCAAGAAACAUAACUCGCACUGCUAAUGCCCUAAUCAAGAGGCUAUGCAGAGACAACCCUGCAGAGCGUCUUGGCUAUCAGCGUGGAGGCAUCAAGGAUAUACAGAAGAACAAGUGGUUUGAAGGUUUCUACUGGGAAGGUCUAAAGAACCGCACUCUGACACCCCCUAUCGUCCCCAAUGUUCGUUCUGUGAUUGACUGCAGCAACUUUGAUGAGUACCCACCAGAUAGUGACGGUCCGCCUCCAGACGACAACUCUGGAUGGGACAUAGACUUCUAAAUUAUCUGUUGUGUGAUGCCAGUGCUUUUUAAGACAUUUAUUUGACACUUUUCUUCUCUUACUUUUUUUAUAACAUAUUUCUAGGGUGAAAUAAAUAAGUUCAUUCUCAUUAUAGUACUAGUGUCAUAAUUACUUUUUUACAACUUUUUUUUUUUUUUUUUUUUUUUGUAACUUGUAUUUCUGGCACAGUUGCUAUUUGAUGAUUAUCUUUUCUUUUUUUUAAAUUUUGAGAUGUCUUCAAAAUGUCUAGCACUGUACUCGAUUUUAUUUUUGUUUUAUUUUUUUGUGUCCUUGUGUGUUGUGACAGACUUGCCAUGAGAAUAUAGCCAAGGAUGUGCCUCAGUCACCACACGAGGAGCUCGAGGAGCCUACAAAGCUAGAAGACAGUCAAGUAGAUGUAUUUUGUUUACAAACAGCUCCAUCAUUUGCUGACUAUAAAGGGCUAAGGUCACAAGAUAUUUUAUUUCUUUUUUAUUAUUAUUAUGAUAAAGAGUAAUCAUUGUUAUUCAUCUGGUGCUCCUGAUUUCAAAGCAAGAUGCACAAAAGAAUAAUUGGCAGUGUAAUCUGAAACUGAAGCAAGGUUGGCCAGUGUUGGACUGUGUGUGAAUGCAAGAAGUGGUAAAUUUCACAGAGACAUUUCGUGUGAAUGUAUUUAUAUAAAUUUUGCAAUAUAUAUCAUGAGAAAAAAAAAUCUUUGUACAUUCACAAACAUGGUUAGCUCAUAGUGAAGAGAAAGAUGUCUGCAUUUUUUUUUAUUCUUUUUUUUUUUUCUUUUUUGAAAGUGUCACAGCUUACUCAGGAAGACUAAACAUGGUGCCUUAACAGAGUGAGUGUUAAAAACAAAAAAAAAUACUGUGUCAUUUUUGCUCCUGCCUCUACAAGUACUUCAGAUUAAGAUGUUCAUAUCGCUUUUUCAAGAUCUUCCAACGGCCUUCUCCACCAUUGUGAUAAUGUACUUUGUAUCCUGUUUGACCGUUCUAACGUGGGUAGUAGGUUUUUUGUUCCUUGGAAGUGGAAAGAUGUAGUUGUAUAUCUUGUUAACUCAAAUGCAGCCAGACUUCAGUUUUCUAUUAAGAUGGUGCUUAACAAUUGCAGAAAACCAUGCUAACAUCAAUAUUUUUAUCAUCUUUAUUCAAUUUUACUGUUAUCUUUUUUUUUUUGUAAGUGUAAAUAAAAUUAUUUAAAAUAAAUGGUGCUUGAUGAAUAAUUGAAGUACAUCAGAUUAGUGCUUCUUUGGUUGUUUAGUGGUCCAUGGGCUCUGUGUAUUCUUUUAGUAUAAUUUGUGAUAAAUUUCACACAACUUUGUACUUCAAAGCUUCAGAUUCUUCUCUUGCUCCCUUCCCUCCCUUUCUCAAAAUCACUUCUCUUCUCUAUGAUAUUAUAUAUGAUUAGCUAGUACUCAGUAAAUUAUUGCUAUAGUUAUUGCAUAACUAACAAGAGCUAGACUUCUUCAGUAUUUGUACAUUCUGUGUAAUAUCAUCAUUAGUUAUUUAUCAGAGAGACUUUCCACUUACAAUAAAAUUAUGAAAUAUUGUUAAAGCAUAAUACAAAAAGGAUGGACACGCUAUUUUUUAUUAUAUUAUUUUUCUGAAACUUUGUGCUAAAUUUAGUGUGACCUUUAUGCCUUGGAAAAUGUUAUAUAGGUUGUUUAAUGAUCAUUACAGUAACAGGGAACUUACUUGUGGCAGUACAAGGCACCAUCACCUUGAACUUUCAACAUUAAAACCUCUCAUUAUUUCUAUAUAUGUAUAAAGCGAUUCAGAGUAUAUGACUUAAAUUCUUGAAUGCCUGUACUACAUGCAACAAAUUCCUGUUUGUUGAUGAUUCAAUAUAGGUUGUCAGGUAAUUGUUAAGUCGGUGAAUAUUUGAGAGUAAGCAAAUGAACUGACUUAAAUAUAAUAGUUUCUAUUGUGAAUGUAAAUAUUUUAUAUUAAGAUGGUUUUUAAAGAUUGUAUGUAGCUUGAAUUUUAAGAUAAAUUUGCAUUUCAUUGGAAAUGUUUCUGUGUGUUUAAACUGUUAUUUGAUCUUUGUGCAUUUCCUACAGUGUACCCAACAUGGACCAUAGAUUUAGUUAAUUAUGCUAAAGUGGGAAAUAAUAAUUUUUUCUCUCAGACUGUUAGAAGAACAGUUAAAAAAUACAUUAGAUCAAACAGAAAUGUAAUUGUUAUGAAUAGCUGCAGUAUAAAAUGACACAAAGUAGAUAUUUGUCAAUACCUAUAAAACAAAAAAAAACAAAAACAUUAAAAAACAAGCUGAAGAAAUGUUCAGUAAAGAAGUCUUGGACUGCAGUUGUAUUGCUUAUACCACUGUAUGCAAGUUACUGUAUAAUUUUACAUUGGUGCAUUGUUUGUUUCUUAGUGCAAUGUUUAUUUAUAAAACUUUAAUAUAAUGUAGAAUGUUUUUAUUUGUAAAAUGAUAAUUAACCACAUCAUAAAUCCAUUUAAAUUGUGCUUUGAUAGCCAACUAAGCAGAGUAAAACUCAUUUGUAUAUGCCAAUACACUGUUAUCCUCUGGUGUAAUAUGUAAAACCACAUUGAUAUUUUUCAAAGUACCAAUAAGAGAAAAGUCAUUGUUGUAUUUCCAAAGACCCUGCACACACUUGAAAACUUUUCAGAUGUACUUCUGGGCAAUUAUGCAAAGGAGCAAUAGGGUUAAAAUUUUACUAUGUAGGUCUUUCUUUUCAUGUGAGAUCAGUGUGGGCAUCAGGCUACAAGUUCAGAAGAUAAAAUAAUGUAAAACAUUGGUUUUUGUAAAAGUACAAGUAUUCUGAAAAAAAGUAAAUGAACAUUGAGAGAGGGACAUACAUUAGCUGUCUCCAGUUUUCAAAAUCUAUCUUUGAAGUUUUCAAGUAUAAAAAUGCAGAUUUAAAAAUAUACCCUGUGUAUGUAUAUUAUUUGAUAUCAAGCAUGAAUCUCUCUGGUAUGAAUUAUGUAUACUUUUUACACCAAUGAAAUAAUAUCUGAUAAAGUCAGCUGAUCGCUCAACGUACAUGAUCUCAAGUAUUUAGAGAAGCCUGCAAGUCACAAAGUUGUUACUAGUUGGUACCAUUAUUUUGCACAAAGACUAAUAAAACUGAUGAUUUUUUUCAUCCUGCUGUGCUCCAGGUCUGAAUUCUUAAAUAGAGAUUGAUAUUCAAGAAAAAAUAUUGUUACACCUUCCUGUUUUUUUCUUACUGUCUUUUCCCUAUGAAAAUUGUUUAAAGUACUUACAUCAGCUCAAUCUCUGUAUGAGAAUUUUAGCUCAAUCUGAGAGUAUUGUGUCAUCACCAAGUGCCUCAAAAUUAUAUGUAAGUCCAAAUAUGCCAAUCCUGAAGCAUAAGAUUUACAAUGGAAUCAAUUGUUGAUAUUCUAUGCAGAGGCUAAGAGCUUGAAUAAUAAAAUGUGGAAUGGAUUUA